AUGGUAAUUGGAGCGUUUGGUGUGCUGCUUCUUGCAAUCGUUAAGCUGUACCUUCGAGUCAUCAAGGGAAACCAGUCGCUGGGCUUGUCAUUGCUUGUCGGUGUUAUCAUCCUCUACAUCACCGGAUACGCAUUCGUCUUCGAGUCGACCGAUAUCGUCUGCCGACUUCGAAUUGUGUUACAUCCACUGGGCUAUGCGUUAUGCUUUGGUGUAAUGAUUGCAAAAGCAACACAGCUGAAGAAUGCAGAAACGCUAGGGUUUUCGGACGCCGCUCAGAUUAGUUAUUGGAAUUAUUGGCUCCUACUUUUGUUCAUAAUGGGUGUUCAGAUCGCUCUUUCUUCACGGUAA